UUGAAAUCAUUAACAGUAUAUGCAUGUUCAACAUUCAGACACCGAAAUCCAAGUUAUCACUACAAUCGAUCUAAUAACCCACGAAGAGCACUUACACGACCAGCAAGACCCAAGGAGGAAAAUGUGCAUGAUAACGAAAAUAACGACUUUAUAUUAUAUAUACAUGAUAUAAUUGGAAAUGAGCAAGACGGAAAAUAUGUUGUUUUGGAGCUCCUCGGCUCGGGUACAUUUGGGCAGGUGGCAAAAUGCAGAGAUCUAUCUACCAAUGAAUUGGUAGGGAUCAAGGUUAUCAAGAAUAUACCUUCUUAUUUAAAGCAGAGCCUUGUUGAAAUUAAGGUCCUAGACUAUGUAAGCCUUCUUAAUAAUAAGUGCGAUCCAUACGACAUACACCAUAUCGUACGCACAUAUGGCUCAUUUAAACACAAAGGUCAUCUGUGUCUUGUAUUUGAACUGCUUUCUAUCAGUCUGUAUGAUCUUCUUCAACAGAAUUCGUUUAAGGGUUUACCAAUGGAUACAAUAAGACAUAUUUGUGCUCAACUUCUAGACACUCUGUGUGUCUUAAAGCAAGCUAAUAUAAUCCACUGCGAUUUAAAGCCUGAAAAUAUCUUAUUAAAGAGGCUGCAUGACCCAGACAUAAAAGUAAUUGAUUUUGGAUCUUCAUGUCUUGAGAAAGAUCAAAUAUAUACAUAUAUUCAAUCACGAUUCUACCGGUCCCCUGAAGUGCUUCUUGGACUGAAAUACACCGUUGCAAUUGAUAUGUGGUCCUUUGGAUGCGUCAUGAGCGAGCUUUUUCUCGGACUACCUAUAUUCCCAGGAAACUCUGAAUAUGAUCAAGUUAGCCGAAUAGUUGAUGCACUAGGACUACCCCCUCCAUAUAUGAUUCAGGAGGGAAAGAAAGGCCAUAUAUACUUUUCAAAAAACGGAGAUGGCUUUAAAUUGAGAAGUGUAGAAGAGUAUAUGGAGUCCCAAGACAAGCAGGAGAAGCCUGGCAAAAAGUACUUUAAAUCCACUAAGCUUCAAGACCUCAUAAUGAACUGCCCCGUCCGUCAGAAAGGAAUGAGUCUGGAAGACGGAGAAAAAGGAAGAUUGUCUUUUUUGGAUCUCUUGAAGAAGGUGCUUACUAUAGACCCAAAAGAGCGAAUAACUCCAGAAGAAGCCAGACAACAUCCCUUCAUCAAGGGA